AUGUAUGUCUACGAUUAUGGCGCAUUGUCUUGCCGGCUACUCACCAUGGAGAUUAUCCAUGACCUACCGGAAGAUAUCAGAAGCAAGAUCGCUGGAUACUUGACGGACGAAGGCACACCAGUCGUACUGGCUGCACCGGCAGUUGCGUCUGAUCAGACGUGUCCUAACAGGAUCAGCGUCCGGGACGCGCUGGCAAACAUGGUGACCGAUGGCCGCAAACACUAUCUCGACUGGAAGUACAUGGGCUACAUGACACACUACGUCGUAACGACCUGGUUCGCCGUCAACACCUUCCUCAUCCACGACUCCGUAGCGUUGGACACUUUCUUCCGCGACAUCCCGCUCGGCGACCAGGUCUUCCCCAGCAUCGUGCCCGCGGAAUACUUGUCGCGGUUGAACGUCGUCUUGCGGGGUGACAUGAAAGACUACGAGCCUCAGAAGCGUGAAUGUACGGGGAGGACUCUAUGUAUAAGGCCAGUGAGGCCCGCGGACGUGUUCAGCGAGCAUCUUGAGCUUGUGCUUAAGAUGAAGAAGCUCCGCGGGUUUAGGCUGCAUGUUAUGAUCGAGGCGUCCGAGUUGGAAAGGGUCGAGGAGAUAUUGAGCGCGGUGAGGGGCGUGAGGGCGAGACUGAUGAGUAAGGGUGUGAGAGUGCGGUUUACAUGGGGGAGCGAGGAGCUGGAUGGGUAUUUCAGGGAACUGCAGAAGAUUGGGGUGUGA